ACCGUGGCCAGCUGCUGUGAUAGUUUCUGCAGGCUUGUGUUCGGAGACAACUCCUGUCCGGAGAAUUAGCCUAGCACUACACAAAAUAAAAGCUUCAGAGACACUUUCCGGGGUUUAUUAAAGAUGGGACACUGCGCUACGGGCAGAACGGCGUUCUGGAUGUUGGUCCUCGUUGUUUUGGGCUCUUGGUGUGCGAUGACGGACGCUUUUUUCGGCUGGAUGAGAAAAGGGACCGAGUCACCCCCGCCCCCUCCUCCAUCCCCGGUCCCGGACGGGUACACUCCGCCGUUUGAGAUGACCGUGGCGGACGACAAGUUUCUGGCGGAAGCGAGGAAGAUGGAGCUCACCCCGUUGGAUAGUUGUCAUUACCGGGUGGUCGCCCAGCUGAAGUCCACCUGCAGCAGCCUAUCAGAGGAGCAGCUGGCCAAGCUGGGCGUGGUCCUGUUCAACUGCCAGGCUGAGGUGGAGGGACGCCAAACCUACCCCUGCACUGAGGAAAUGAGUCUGAAGGAGUGCACGGCGGACAUGGACCCGGACACGUGGAACGCGUACCACAUCGUGAGUAACCGUGCGCGGUCCGUGUGCUACGCCACCCGCCAGCAGCACUUCCGCCGCAAGGCCGAGCUGACCGUCAACGCCCUCAUCUCCACGGCGACCGGCCAGCUGGAGGCCAUGCAGGACCUGAAGGAGGGCCAGCUGCAGCUGAAGGAGCAGACGGUGGCCUCUCUGGAGAAGCUGAUGCAGGGCCACAGUGCCCUGCACGACCAGCAGGGGGCGCUGCAGCAGGGCCAGGACGAGCUGGAGACCUCCAUCAGCUCCAACCUGCAGCGGCUGGGGCAGGAGAAGGCCCUCAUCGCCUCCGGCCAGGAGCUGGUGGCCCAGCUCAUCCAGGGCAUCACCCUGAGAAUGGAGAAUGUCACCGAGCAGCUGAAAGGUCAGGGGUCAGACCUGCAGGAUGGACACAAAGCCAUUCUCGACGACUUGGCAGAGGUCAGAGGUCGAGCCCAGGACAUCUACAGCAAGAUCGAACACAACCUGUCUGGGUUCCUGCGCUAUCAGAACCGCACCGCCCGGUACUACUCGGAUCUGAUGGGGAAACUGGAGCGGAUGAACGGCACCCUGGGAUACAUGCUGCUGUACCUGGACAACAUGCAGACUCGCCUGGAGGACCGACUGCACCUCAUCCAGAGGUACCUGGGCCAGGCAGGCCUCAGCCUGACGGCUCUGUGGACCUGCGCAGUGCAUGCUGGGUACUUCCUGUUGGCGGCGCUGCUGCUCUCCUUCCUGCACUUCCCCUGCUUCCCCCGAGCCGCGCUGCUGGUGACUGUGCCACUCAACGCCCUGGCGGAGCUGAACCAGCAACCCUCGCUGGGCCUGCCCGAGCUCAGCCUCCUGCUGAUCUCACUGUCUCUGGGUCACUGGUUCCUGCAGCAGGUUGCGUGGGGCUGCUCCAGGCUCCGGGGUAAGGGGACAGGGUUUGCCCCCCUCCCACCCGCUGAAGCCCCCGUGUCCUGCCCCAGGGGCCCCCAUCACCCCUGCCUGCGCUCCUCCACUCCAGAGAGGGACCUGGGCGAUGGCAUCGGAGCAGCAGAUCUCCUGGCCCAGGACAGCUUCGCGUUUGACGGCCCCCGCGUGGCCACGCCCCGCCGGGCCGCCCUGAUGGAGGACCUCCCGUUCCUGCCUCCUGCCCUGGGCACUGCCAGCCACUCCACUCCCAGGCUGAAGGGCGGCCUUGGCUUUUCUGGGGGCGGUCUAGGGGCUCUGGAGGGCAUUCCCCAGAGGCACCUGGGGCUGGCUCUGGAUGGGGUCAGUGACUGCUGCAGCACCAGUCAAAACCAGUCCGUCUCCAGCAACAGCUCUGCAUCGGGCAGGCAGUUCUGUAAUGGCACCACCAAGGCAGGUCUUCCCUGCAAGAAGAGGGCGCUGUUGGGCCAGGACUACUGCAGGAUCCACGAGGGUGGCUACACUUCCUACAACCCCAUGUGACUGGGGACUGUUACACGACCAACGCCAAGACCCCCCCCCCCCCCCACACACACACACACACACACACACACACACACACACACACACACACACACACUCUCCACGCCCGAGACCACUUCUCCCGUCUUUGUGUUCCUGCCGUGUUUAAACCGGUAGGACGAUGGGAUGUAGGCGCGUCUCUCCCGUAUC